AUGGCUGCCCCCAAACCAGACACCAAGACUCCCCUUUGCCAGGAGAAGAGUCACCAUGGCCUGCUACUGGCUCCCUCCCCAGAGCCAUCUGACGAGCGGGCUCCCCGUGGCCCUAUUGACGGCGCUUCAGGCAUUUCGUCAGUCCUGCCCGCCCUCCACUCUGCAAACUCUCCUACUGGUCCAGAUCCCCUUUCUGGCUUGUUGACUGCCACGUGCGUCAACGAAAUCGGCUCACCGAUCCAGCCUGGGGAGCCAGAGCGCGUCAUUAGCCAGGACGUCGGGGACGAUGCGUACGCCCAAAACAAAAAGGAGUCCUGCAAGGAUCCCAAACCACGUCCCGUGCCGUGCAAUCUGGCACUUCGAUUUGCCAACCGGCCAAACGGCACACAGCUCACAACUAUAAUCGAGCAGAGAUCUUACUCGACGCUAAGCUCGCUGCCGUCUCUUAUCAGCACCCCUCGUCGCUAUACGUCUGGCCAGUUGAGCGCCAGCCAUUCAUCCAGCACUCUAUCACCUAAUACGAGAUGUCAAGAAGGUGCCAGCCGGCGAGAGGUGUCGAGGAGUCUGGACGAGGUGGCUUUGCACAAGGUCUUCGAGGCUGCCAAACAGAGAUUACAAGAGGCUACGAGCGUCAAAACUCAUAGCACACCGAAAUACGCUCCUGAACAGCCCGUAGUCGAUACGCCCAAAGAUGUCCCAGUUGCUACUCAACUUGACACGACCCCUAAAGACUCCAGCAAACCUCCACCCUCUCCUGUCACUCAACCUCAACCUCCUCCCCCGGACCAUGAACGGGAGGGCAGACCAGUGAGGCAAGUUCUUCGGACCCUUUUCGACACGGUGCGUAAAGCACCUCGACACACGCUUUCUCUCUCUGCCUUGAGAACUCGCCCAAAUCAGGACACAUCGAUUCACGACACGUCGAUCUUUCGAUCAGCGAGAUACAAGGGACUUUCAGAGCCGUCAACAAAAGGUGACUCGAGCGGCCACACACACAGGAGGAAACGCGCGGUACACGAACCCAACGUUACUGGGUCUGUCCAUGUUGGUUACAACUUAUUGUCGGGGCGAUCUGCGAGUCCUACCCGGAAGGAGAGGGGAGGCCGCGAUUCCAAGGCGACCUCUCACCAGCCAGAGAACGCGCCCGGCAGCGAAUCACCAGCAAUAUUCCUGAGAGGACACCAUAUUCAAGAAGACCAAGCAAUUACGCCGAGCUGCACAACGCCGGUAUUGUUGAGACCUGGCGAAAUCUCAGCUUCGCCUACGCCCUCGCCGUCGCAGUUCUACACACCACCGACCGCGCCCAUCAUCUCAUCGAAGCGCUUCUCGAUCCCAAACAAUGCACCGACGAUCGUUCCCCCUAUCACUCCUCUUCCGCUCUCAGUCAGAGGUAGAGAUGGCGAAGAUGCGCGAUAUUCGUUUGAUGGAGUCCUUCUCUACCGUCCGAACGCCCCUUCACUCCACAAAUACGACCGUAGCCGCACCACCAGUGGCAGCUCCUUGUCAGUCUCUAGUUCUAUUCUAGGGAUAGACGGAGAGUCCAACUUAGAAGCUACCAUAGCACGGAAGGCAAAGGCUACCUUAGUCCCUUACCACGCCCAUAGCCGCCUCCCUACGUACGCGACGACAAACACCAGCUCGAACCCCAGCACUCCCCUUCCCUCCAACGACGGCAGCGACAACACCCACGCAACAACUACCGGUACCGACUUCAGCCUCAGCGUCAACGCCGCCCUCCCAAGCGUCUUCCACGCCCCUAAACCCGCCGCCUGGUUCGCCUCCAAAUCCCCCCUCCUCACCCCCCACCCGCCGCCCACCCACAUCAAAUCCCACACCCUCACCUCCGCCGCCCUCCCCGUCCUCCUCCCCUUCGCCGCCGCAAACGGCAUCGUUACCACCUCCACCACCUACAAACAAACCCCCAGCACCUCAACCACCUGCGUCACCUCCUUCCACUCCCCCUCGGGCAACCUCAUCCGCGUCACAGAAUCAGACUCUGAGCCCGACGUCCCCCGCUCCUCACACCGCCACUCGCGCAUCGCGAGCCCGUCCGCUAUCGACUCUUUCCAGCACCCCCUCGAACCCCUCGCCCGCCCUGUCACGCUCCCUGCGACUGCGUCGCCGCCGUCCACGUACCCGUUACCCAGCUGGCUCAGGAAGCCAGCUGCACGACAGGGAGGUAGUGAAAGAGGUGGAGGCGGCGUGACGUAUCGCCCGCUGAGCAGCGAGAGCGUCCCGCGCGUGCAUAUCCCGAUUCGCACGCACGUCCACCCGCCGCGUGCCCUCCUUAUACAGCCGUCGGUCGAGCCCAACACCGGCCCUACCCUGAACCACAGAGCGGGGCUGCCGAAGGGCCGCCUCGUCGCGCACCGCGAUGUGCAUGGCUGUGGGGGAGAGGUGAGGGCGGUGAGUUUGCAGCCGAGGAGUGGGGUGAAGAAUAAGGCGGUGGGGAUGGGGAUGGGGAUGCAGGCGAGGGGGUGUAGGGCCAGGGGCGUGGGGAGGGUGAUGCAGAGGGUUAGGUUUGUGGCGGUGGAUGGGACGGUGGAUGAUGAUAAUGAGGAUGAUGAGAGGAGGGAUAAGGGGGGUGGUUGUGGGGUUUGUGGGGGGGAGAGUGUUGGGUGGGCGUUGAGGGUUUGUUUCUGUCAGCCGAGGGAUGAUGGAAGGGGGGGUGAGUGA